UUUGCAGCAUCUCAACGCUGCGAAUUAUCUUAUACGGAGACGUCUUUUUGAGUUGCCGAAGACGUACCCCGUGAAAGCCACCGUACUUGAUUCAUCAUUUGCACAAUAUAUUCCUGCCAGAUACGAGGAAUUCAAGAAAAAUGGCAGGACUUACCAAUGGGACUCGGACAUUCUUGAUUUCCUGAAAGGAGAUGCCAAAAAGUACAAGAAGCCUUGGGGUGAUUGCAACGAGGUCUACUUCCACUGGUGCAUGGAAAAUCGGCACUGGGUCCUUUGCGAAAUAAAUUUCGCUGAUUGGAUGAUCACUGUAUUUGACUCAGAUCAUUCUAACUUUAGCCAUAAUAAGUUGUCUGAGUUGAUGGAGCCUUGGACUAGGAUGCUUCCAUCUUUACUCAACGCUUCUGGUAUGUUUAAAGGACACCCCAAGUUAAAAAUAGCUAGACCGAAGAUCACCGUUCCAAACUUUGAUUGGCGGCGCAUGUCCACUGAUAUUGUCCCACAGUCUAGAACCAGCGGAGAUUGCGGUGUAUUCGCCAUCAAACACUUGGAGUUCAUUCUUGGAGACAUUCCCUUAUCAUAUGCCAUCGAGGACAACAUUCAGUACUUCAGGGAUAAAUUAUGCAUCGACAUUUUUUAUGAGAAUGUGUACCCUUGAUGUUAGAACAUUUAUUUUGAUUUCGAUGACACACAAUAGUAUAUUUCUCCUUAGUAUUGUAUAUAAAAAAUGUCGUUUCGAUUAACAAA